AUGCUGCACACAACGUCAGCCAUGUCUGGAACUAGCACAGGAAUUGCUGAGGUAGCUCGACCGGUGUCUGGAGCGUCUUCUGGAAUAUCCUGGAGCUUUCCCAUUUUUCCCACCGUGCCAGGAGUUAGUGGAAGUGGUUAUGGAGCUUGGGGCUUCAAUUUGCAAGUGUUUGAGGUCAAGGAUAACAUGGCGCGUGAAGCAAUUUUGUCGGGUGUUUCUGCAUUUGAUGCUGCGAUGAUCUGCCAGGAGGAGACAGCUCAAGCGAUGUGGAACAGCUUCGUAGAUAAGCAGACAAAACGCGAAUAUUCCAACUAUAUUUUUGCACGCGCUGAGCUCUAUUCCAACGUGCUAACCCUGGAUAAGACCAUGAACCAACGGCUACAGACGCCGCUUGGUUACGGCGCUCGCACGCAUUGUGGUGUUGUACGACAAUUCUCUAAGCAUUACGUGGUUGGACGUGAUGGUAGAGCAGACCGACCUGUUCCUAUGGCUACACAAGUGAUGAACGCUUUGCGUGCCGAGUCAGCCCUCGAUGAAAAGAUUAACAUUGAGGAGCAAACGUCGGUUGAUGUUGCUGCGUGUGGAAAGCGGUCUACCCAACUCAACCAUCAGAAGCCACCGGGUAAAGGCAAGCGCAAGCGUAGUGGUCGAGAAGGGAAGGAAAGUUCCAAGCAAGGGAACAAGCCGGGGAAGAAGGCUGGUGGAGGGACGAAUCAAGACAAGCAGAAUACUCGAACUUGCUAUCACUGCGGUAAAGUCGGAGAACGAUGGGUGGACAUUAAAGUGUGGUCUUCGUGA